GUUCAUGUAAUACAAAAAAUGGCAAUAUGAAAUAAUGCAUUGAGGUUUUCAACAGGACCUAAUCUCUAGGGUAUGUGUGGGUGGGGCUUGGGCCCCCUGCAUGUCUUGGGCUCCGCCCCUUUUCAUGAUCCCUUGCAGUGAUUUUCAUCCAGUGCUGAUCAUAUCUCACAAGUUCGCAAGAGACCUAUCAAAGUCUUUAAGAGCAACAGCAUGACUCACAGAUGUGGCGGGAAAGAUGGAAGGAUUGUGAUUGAAGAUGACUGGCCUGGAUACAGUUUGGACCUGUUUACUUAUCCAGAACAUUACUGUGGAGAUUUACAAAGUGUCUACAUUCCACACGGUGUCAUUAUGGACAGGACAGAGAGGCUGGCUAGAAACAUUAUGGAUGACCUUGGAGACCACGACAUCGUGAUUCUGUGCGUGCUGAAGGGUGGCUACAAGUUCUGCGCAGACCUGGUGGAGUUCAUCAAAGCCCUGAGCCGCAACUCCCGCAAGUCCCUGCCCAUGAGGGUGGAUUUCAUCCGGCUAAAGAGCUAUUUGAAUGACCAGUCCACAGCAUCUCUUCAUAUCGUGGGAGAAGAAGACCUGUCCUUUCUCAGAGGAAAGAAUGUUUUGAUUGUUGAGGCUAUAGUUGAUACUGGCAAGACUAUGAAGGCCCUGCUGAAACACGUUGAAGCCUUCGAACCCAAAAUGGUAAAAGUGGCAGGUUUGUUGGUGAAGAGAGUUUCCAGCGGAGUAGGAAGCUUCCCAGACUAUGUCGGAUUUGAAAUCCCGAACCGCUUUGUUGUGGGCUAUGCGUUGGACUACAAUGAGCGCUUCAGAGACCUGCAUCACAUAUGUGUCAUUAGUGAACAAGGAAAAACAAAAUACAAGAUUUGAAUCAUGUGAUGACUUCAGGGGUCUUUCAUCAUGUCCUGAUAAUGGCCACAGAUACAUGCUGCAGAUCUUUUCAUACCCCAAAAGCUGAGUGCCUAAAAUGGGCUGCUUGUUUAUAACUUGUCAAAAGCUUCAUUGCCACCAUCACGUCUCAAGUAACUGGUGUCACCUAAGAUCACACACACAUAGGCUGAAGCCACUAGUCCCAAGCAAGGUCAUGGUGAGCUGG